AUGGAGGAAGUAAAUUUAUCCAUAUGUAGAGAAUCAAGCCUAAGAAACUUACCUAACGCAACUCCAGAAAAAACUAGUGCUACUCAUCAUUCAAAAGAUGAAGUAAACUCAAAGCUACUUACAAUUUUAGAAUUUGAAAAUAAGUUGGAAAGCUUGAUCAGCAAAUAUUUAUCAGGCACUUUUGAAAUUAAUGAGCUAAAGUUUGAAACACUUAAAGCUGAGCUUAGAAGUGAAUUUAGUGCUGCACGCAGAGCUGGUCAAAAGGAAAAUCUAACUUUUUUUAAUAAUCCUAAUUUGAAAAAGAGCCGGAGUUAUAAAGCUAUGGUUCAAAAAAAUAUAUAUCCAUGGAGCGAUUAUAGAUGCCCUUGGGUAGAGAAUUUUCUACAAAAUUUUUGGAGUUGAAAAUGAUCCGAUAUAAAACUUGCAAAUCCACCAGACUGACUCAUAAACCCUGUGUAUAAAUCACUCACCCCCCCUUUAAAUUGAAACAAAAUAUAGGUAAAAUUCCUACUUUUUUGGGAAAUUACCCCCCCUUUAAAUUGAAACAAAAUUAUAUUAUAAUAGAAAAUUUUAUAGGUAAAAAUCAUUAUUUUAUAUGUAAAUACGUUAAUACCCUAUUUAAUAUGCUUCAAACAUAUAAGAUUUAGAAAUUAAACUCUAUUUUGUCCAAUUGUUAUGGGGAGAGUUAGAAGAAUACCAUUUCAGCAAGUUUACACUUUGAGAUUGAGAAAUUUAUGAAUUAAUUUUUCAUGAAAUUAAAAUUAAAAAUCAAACACAGAAUGAACCAUAAACCCUUUAAAUAAUUAGGUUUCUUAGGUUGAUUUGAUGACUGAAAAGCUUAGGAUGAUCAAUUCUGUAGUGCCCAGUUAUCUCAAAACCCCUAAUAACGACUUCUGGUUUCACCUCAAUCCAAGCUUUUGAGACAAUGUUGAUCAGCUGCUGACGAUCGAGUGCCUUGAUGUUGCCACUCCUUUCGAUCUUUUCUCAAUCUGUUCUGUCUCACACUCAAUCCUGAAUUGAGUGCUUUUUCUCUUGAAAUUAGCGAUGACAAUCGCAUCAAGAGGUUGCAAGUGCUUUGUGCAUCCUCCUGGGAUCAGAAUUGUCUCCAGGUUCAAGUCUCUCAUGGUUUCAGACACCAUGUUAGUUUUGUGGAUGUUUGCCUGAUCCAUGACCACCAGUGAUCCUGAUCUGGUGAAAUGAAAGACUGUCCGUAGGUAAUCGUUGAGGAGGAUGUCAGUUAAAUAGCCUGACGAGUUUGCUUUGACGAUGGCGUUGUCGGGGAUAAUCAGAUGCUCCCUCACAUUGUAAGGGAUUUGGCCAUUUCGCUCUUUGAAGACAAGCAAAGCAGCAAUCUGAGUCCAUCUGCCCUAAUCAUGAGAAGCACAGUGAUGGCAUGGCCAACUUUGGCAGAGUGCACGCCUACAACUCUCUUGGCUCCCUUGAAGUCGUAAGUGUGCUUGCUGCUCAUGUCCCAUUCAAAUCUAGUAUCAUCAAAGUUGAAGAUGCUAUCUGGAUUGUACCGACGCAGCAAUGGCUCCAAGUCAUCAAGGUACUGGCCUACAAGCUCUGCUUCUUUCUCCAGGGGCUUUAUGCUUGACGCAUUGAUUUUGCGAUAUGCCAGCCCAUUUCUUUGCCUGAAUCCAUCCCAUCAUCCUUGCCCGCAUUUGAAUUGCGCCAAUCCCAUUUCUACCGCCAACUCACGAGCACGCUUUUCUAUGGUCGCUCUCAGCACCACUUGCCCAUGCUGCCUCAUUGAAAUUAGCCAUUGCAUCAAUUCCUUUUCAAGCAUUGGGAAUUUCGUAAAAGGCUGCGUUUUUACUCUCUUUCCUUCGGGAGAUCCAUUCCGUAUGUAGCCAAGUUGACGAAGCCAGGUGGAGAUGUGGCAGAAGUGAUCCAUGCUAAACUUCUCUCCCACCGCUCUCAUAGGGAUCCCUUCUGCCUUGUGCUUAAGGUAGAAUUCACAAAUUUCUAUCUUUUUUUCAUUUGUGAAGGUCUGGUAAGUCUUCGUCCUCGCCUUUUCCAUUUUUAAAACUAUUAAAUGCAAAUUUUAUAAGUUUAACGUGAAAAUUCAAAACUUUCUAAAAUAGUAUUCUUAAAUUUUAAAGAGCGAUUUUAAGAAAAUAGAACUUGCUAACUUACCGACUAGGCAUUGUCAUAAAAUUAUAAUGUUAUUAAAUAUAAUUUACUCAAUUUAUUGUCUCUUUAAAUCUAUAUAAUUUAUUUUCUAUAAAAUUUUAUCUUUGAAAAAAUUUUUAUAUAUAAAUGUUUUUAUAAAAAAAAUUUCUUAACCCCCCUUUAAAAUUGAAACAAAAUUUUUUGUUUCAAUUUAAAGGGGGGGUCAGGAAAUUUGCAGGAAAAAUCCACUCCAGAAUAGCUGAAAUCGCUUCUGGGAUAUAAUGAUUUUUUGAAAAAAAUCGAAAAUUUUAUACAGCAAUCCAAGUUUGAUUCAAGAUUUCUUUAUAAUGUUGAUUUUAAAAACAACAGAACUGUUUUAUCAAGCUACGACAUAGAAACAAAUAGAACCAGCCAAGAAUUUCUUGAAACCCCUUUUCAAUUUUAUGCAGGGACAACUGUAAUUCAACUCCCAAACAAAGAAUUAUUUUUUUAUGGAAAUUCUUAUCCUUCUUCUGGGGCUUGCUGCAUAAUUGACCUCAAGUCUAUUUCGAUAAAAAAAAUUCUACCACCAGGACCGCCUUCAUCAUAUUCUGAAGGACUUUAUUAUAAAAAUUGCAUUUUUCUGUUUGGAGGUUUGGAUGAAAAGGAUUCAUUAGGGCUUUCCAUAAAGCUUAAUUUAAAAGAAAACAGAUGAAUCCAGCUUACCCCUCUUCCAUUGAGAUCUUAUAGAUGCUCUUGUGUUAAUUUUAAUGGGUCUAUUUUAUUAUGUGGGAAUCUUCAUGAAAAUCUUUACAAAUUUGACUUAGAAAUUGAAAGCUACUCAGAAAUCAAAGAACUAAGCUUAAAGAUGUAUAAAAAUAAGAUGCUGUUUAAUGGGAAAUCAAGGGUUUAUGCUAUUGAAGAGCUUGGAAAUAUCUUUGAGAGCGGUAUAAAUAAUGAAUAUAAAUGGGAUAUUAUUGGAGAAUUCAAAAUUAUGUGGUAUUCAUGCGCGAUGAGGAAGUUUUGGAAAGAAGAAAUAUUUAUUAGCUUUAUUUCAUAUGGAAAUAUGAACUGCUAUAAAUUUGAUCUGAAUAGGAAGAUAUUAGAAAAAGCUUUGUAA